AUCGAUGAUUCAACAAGUUUACAAUCGACAAGGUAUCAAUGGAAAAGAGACGUACCAAGCUAUCACCAAGACAAGCUAAGCCUGCAAUCUCUCAAACGCACUCGUCGAACUUCCCGACGCACAGCAAAAGAACCCCGGCCGCCCCACCUCGACCGCCUCUCUUGACAAAUAAACGAGAAACACAAACCGAUCGACUGUAGACCUUUCAUGCCUAUUUCGUCCACCCGAACGACCGUCAUCAUCACCACCAUAUCACCUCUUCAGCAUCGUAGGAAUCAUAGUUUUCGGAAUACGGGACCCGAUAUAGACCGUCGACUUAGCGGAUAAAAAACAGAGAACACAAUCAUCCAGUUUAAAAACCAAACCUACCAAGCACUUUUUUCUUGUCGCAAACUAUCAAACCGAGUAGUUGCGAUAAAGAAAAAAAAAGGAAAGAACCUAGUUACCUGCAAUCAUGGCUACCGUAAACAUUCGACGAGAUGUGGACGACAAGUUUUACCGUUACAGGAUGCCCGUCAUGACGACCAAGAUCGAAGGACGAGGUAACGGGAUCAAGACGGUCAUUCCCAACAUGGACGAGGUCGCCAAGGCGUUGAGUCGGUUGCCUACCUACCCGACCAAGUUCUUCGGGAUCGAACUCGGUGCCCAAACUACCAUGGCCAACGACCGAUACAUCGUCAACGGAGCCCAUCAAGCCGACCGUCUCCGAGAACUCCUCGACGUGUUUAUCGAGAAAUUCGUCCUCUGCCCCUCGUGCAAGAACCCCGAGACCGUCCUCCUCGUCAACGAAAAGAAAGAAGAGAUCACUCGGGAUUGCAAAGCUUGUGGAGCGCAGACGAUGCUGGACAUGAGGCACAAGUUGACGACGUACAUCUUGAAGAACCCUCCUGCGGGAUCUACGGGGAAAAAGGGAAAGAAGGGGUCCAAGGGAGCCGCCGAUGCCGGUGCGCCCAAGAAGGACAAAUACGCCGAGGCCGAGGAGUUGAGGGAGGCACAGUUGGCGGGGACCAACUUGCCCACCAUCGGAGGUGGGACUGCUAGUCCGGCCAACGGCAAUGGCGCGGCGGCCGAGGAGGACGACGACGAUGUGGCCAAGGGGUUCAAUAACCCGGCGGUGGCCAACCGGAAACUCACCGACGACGACUGGGCCGUCGAUACUUCUGCGGAAGCCGUCGCUGCCCGUAUGAAGAAUCUAGCCGUCAAUGUGGAUGGUUUCGCCGGCGGUCUCGGGGACGAGGACGAUGAUGGCGAGGGUGCGGGUGACACCAAGUAUACUGCCUUUGGAGCUUGGAUCGAGGAGAACAAGGAGGAUGCGACCGAUGCCGAAAUCGCCGCCAAGGCCAAGGAGAUGGAAGUUUGGGGGAAACACAAGGCUUGCAUCGAGCUGGGGCAGAAGCUUUGGAGGGACGAUCUCGUCAAGGACGUCGAGAAGCGGGUUAAGAUCUUGGGGGUUAUGACCACUAACGAAAAGGCUCAAAAGUCGUUGCUCGGCGGGAUCGAAAAGUACUUUGGAAACGAUCACCCGGAGUUGAUCCCUCAACUGCCCAAGAUCCUCAUGGCGUUGUACCAAGCCGACGUGCUCGAAGAAGAGGUCAUUACCACCUGGGGCACUCAUGUCAGCAAAAAGUACGUCGACAAGGAGACCAGCAAAAAGGUCAGGAAAUCGGCGGAACCGUUCUUGAAGUGGUUGGAAGAGGCCGACGAGUCGGAUGACGACGAUGAAGACGACGAGUAGAAGGAAACUCAAGUCGCUCAAAUGCGAUGGUCCCGCUGAAUGCGCAUAUUGUAACGAUCGACAUGGAUUUGUAUCGACAUCUCGCCACUCCACAUAUCAUAUAUAUAUAUAUCUCGUC